CCAGUGCACCCACCACAACGUUUAAACGAAACGCCCCCCGCCUCGUCGGGCUGUCGCGAUACAUAAAACAGUCCGUGGUUAACACGAGCGCUGAUUGGCUGACGCCCGCUCACGUUCAGAGAGAUCGACAGUCAGCUGGAGCACGAAAACAAUUACAGUUGUUUGUUUUUUUAUGUGUCGGGGUUUGUAGACUUGGUACAGGCUGCCGUGGCGUCUGUAAUACUUUAAAGUCCCGGAUACGUUACUUCGCACAGAGGAGAGCGAUAAUGCAGUGCUGUUGUCACGCACCCCUACUGUAACGACAGGUGACGGUGGAUGGUGCUAUCCCAUCGCCCCGGGUCUCCGCUGUCCGAGCGACCCCGGCAGGAGCUCCUGUCGCCUUCUUUUCCGAGUCAGCCCCCGGCGCCGUUCCGUCCUGCCGUCCGGGAGCGCCGUGUCGUGGAUGACUACGCGGACGGGGCUCCGCGCCGCAUGUGGCCGCCCGGCGGGCCGAUGCUAGCUGCGCGGGUCGGAGGGGAGAUGUCAGAGCGGGGAUGCCUCGUCCUGGAGACAGUGUGGUAGUCGAGGGGGUCCACGAGUGUACACAGUAUACCUACCAGUCGGACUUGGCGUACAGACUAGCGGACCCGCGUUGUGAACACGACUCGUAGUGGCACAUAUAUGGAUGGUGGGGUCGCAGCAUGCCCACCACCACCACACCACCGGCUGGAAGGAGUAGCGGCGCCGGCGGAGACGAGGGGCCCAUGUCGGCCACCUCCACCUCUGCCGUCGGCUCCUCCUUCCGGUUCGUGCCGGCUUUCUGCCUGGGCGUGGUGGCAGCAGUAGCGUUUCAGCUGGCGUGGGGGAGCCUGACUCUCACCUCGUUCUUCUUGAAGUUGUUCAUCUACGUGUCGUUCGCCCUGCUGUGUUUCCUGGCUGGGAUCUUCGUUCUGCUGGUCCGGAAGAGUCCCCUCAAAGUCAGCUGCUUCGACAGGAACCAGAGGCAGUCCGCCGUGCAGCAGGAGUUCUUCAACAAGCUGAUGGCCCGUUUUUUGGUGCCGGUUCAGGAGUCGAGCCAGAGCAGGAGGGUGGUGGUGUCGCACAACGUGGACAAAGCUCUGAAGGAAGUGUUCGACUACGCCUACAGGGACUACAUCCUGUCGUGGUACAUCCCCCUGAGUCACGACCAGGGCCAGUUGUACUCCAUGCUGUCGGAGGACUGGUGGCAGAUGAUUGGCCAGCUGCGGUCCAGGCUCGCCGACAUUGACCUCGUCAACGUGGUGUGUUACGACACCAUCCGAAUCCUGCACGCGCACUUCACCGACCUCAAGGCCGCGUCGGCACGACCAGAGGAAUGCACUCGUCCGUUUCCUCUCCAUCCGUGUUUGGUCAGCCCCGACUCCGAGCUGGUCUUCCUCCGCUGUGUAGCCAGAAUACUGCUGCUGUGUCUGCUGCCACGAAAGGACGCCAAGUCUCACACACUGCGCUGCUGCCUCACAGAGGUCAUCACCACUAAAGUGCUGAAACCUUUGGUGGAAGUGCUGAGCGAUCCAGACUCCAUCAACAGGAUGCUGUUGUCUCAGCUGGAGCAGAGGGAGCAGCAGGCUGAGCAGCAGAAGAAAGCCUACACCUACGCUGCCUCCUACGAAGACUUCGUCAAACUGAUAUCAACUUCUGCCGAUGUCAAUUUCCUCAAACAACUCAGGUAUCAGAUAGUGGUGGAAAUUAUUCAUGCCACCACCAUCAGCAGCCUCCCUCAACUCAAGAAGCAGAAAGAGCGAAAAGGUAAAGAGUCAGCAGCCAUGAAGGCGGACCUGCUGAGAGCCAGAGACAUGAAACGGUACAUCAAUCAGCUGACCGUCGCCAAGAAGCAGUGUGAGAAAAGGAUCCGCCUCCUCGGGGGACCCAACUAUGAAAACAACGAGGAAGGAGGGGCCGACGACGGCGACGGGCCUCAAAGCCAGAAGAUUCUCCAGUUCGAUGACAUCCUGUGUAACCCAGGCUACCGGGAGCAUUUCCGCGUUUACCUGGAGAGAGUGGAUAAGAGAGCUCUGAUUAGCUUCUGGGAACUGGUGGAAACGCUGAAAACUGCCAACAAGAAUGAAGUGCCCCAAAUCGUCGGGGAAAUCUACCAGAAGUUCUUUGUGGAGAGCCGGGAGAUUCCGGUGGAGAAAUCUCUCCUUAAGGAGAUCCAACAGAGUCUGGUGGGGAACAGGGGAACACAAGUCUUUGUCCGACUCCAAGAACAGGUGGCCGAGACGAUGAGAGAGCGGUACUACCCCUCCUUCCUGGUUUCCGAACACUACGACGGGCUGAUCAGGCGAGACGAGCAGUGCAGCCAAUCGCAGUGCAGCACGGAGGAAAAGGAGGAGGAAGGGUGUCAGGGUCUGGAUGCAGGAGAGGAGGUGGGCGACGAAGGCAGUAAAAGAAUCAACGAGCAGGCCAGCUACGCCGCGACCAAACUGCGCCUGCUCUACGACAAGCUGGAGUACAAGCGACAGGCCCUGGGCUCCAUCCAGAAUGCACCCAAACCAGAUAAAAAGAUCGUGGGCAAACUAAAAGAGGAGAUCGGCGCCAUGGAGAUAGAGCACGGGGAACUCCAGCAGCACAUCACCAGGACCGACUGGUGGUGUGAAAACCUGGGCCACUGGAGGGCCACCAUCACUGCUGCUGAGGCUACAGAGGAGGGCGGUGAGAUGGUGGCCUGUUACAGUGUGUGUGUCAGCCUGCUGGAAGGAGAGGAGACGGCUAACAGUCGCUGGAGCGUCCAAAGGAAACUCACCGAAUUCCAGAUGUUGCACCGCAAACUCACCGAGUGUUUCCCGUCGCUGAAGAAACUCCAGUUACCGUCGCUCAGUAAACUUCCCUUCAAAUCCAUCGACCAGAAAUUCUUAGACAAGAGCAAAACUCAGCUCAAUGCCUUCCUCCAGCGUCUGCUGACAGAUGAGCGACUGUGCCAGUCCGAGGCCCUCUAUGCGUUCCUCAGCCCGUCCCCAGAGCACCUCAAGGUGAUGUCGAUCCAGAAGAAGUCGUCUUUCUCCCUGGCUUCCUUCCUGGAGAGGCUACCUGGAGACUUCUUCUCCCACAACGAGGAGGAGGUGGACGACGACAGCGACUUGUCAGACUACGGUGACGAGCCAGACGGGAGGAGGGACGCCCUGGCCGAGCCCUGCUUCAUGCUCAUCGGGGAGAUCUUUGAACUCAGAGGAAUGUUUAAGUGGGUGAGGAAGACCCUAAUUGCACUAGUCCAGGUGACAUUUGGACGAACCAUCAACAAACAGAUCCGGGACACGGUGAACUGGAUCUUCUGUGAACAGAUGUCGGUGUGUUACAUCAACGUGUUCAAGGACACCUUCUGGCCCAACGGCAAGUUGGCCCCUCACGUCAGGGUCCGAACUGACAGCGAACGCAGAGACACCAAGGAACGGGCUCAACAGAAACUACUCGACAAUAUCCCAGAUGCACUAGCAAAUUUAGUCGGCCAGCAGAAUGCCCGCUAUGGAAUCAUCAAGAUCUUCAAUGCCCUGCAGGAGGCCAGUGCCAACAAACAUCUUCUCUAUGUGUUGAUGGAAAUGUUACUCAAGGAAGUGUGCCCUGAACUCAGCACGGAGGUGGACAACAUCUGAACACACACACACACACACACACACACACACACACACGUGUAACACAGAGUCUUUGGAUCGAAGGCCUUUCUUUCUGUCGCUGACCAAUCAUAAACUGCCAAGCCAGACAGGGAGAUGGCCUUUGUUGGUUCAACCUCAGACAGAACGCGUUGGAGUCAGAGCUGAGACACAUGCUGAGACACACGCUGAAUUCUGGAAGUAGAGGCCGUUGUGAGAAGAUAAAAAAGCUGGGCCGACACCAGACCCUGAAAAAGGAGGCCGGGGUUUUGACUUUGUUGUGGCACAGAUCUAAACGUGUCCGCCUGAAGCGGGAGAAACCGCAUGGAGUCCGACUUCUUCCCGUUUAAAGGCAGCCGUCUAACUAGACGGAGCACAUUUGAGGGUCCAGAUUCACACGAGAUCAAAUGUAAUUUGACAUUAGUCAGCCACGUCUGCAGGUUUUUCUUUUGUUGUUGUCUUUUCUUAUUUUGAUAGCAGCGCAGCAUCAGAUCUGUACCACAACAAAUCACGCUUUGUGACAGUAAACAGCAGGAUUGUCUGCUCCCCAGCUGUUUGACCUCGAUUAAAACGCAGCAAAGACAGUUGACGUUCCGAUAUUCGGCCGCUCUCUGAAGGCAACCGAGUGCGUCUUUGCCCACGGAUCUCUGAACAUUCCUCCUACACACGACCUGAGCAACACUUGUCUUCUGUGAUUCUUGUUAAGGCUUAUAAUUGUGCAAUAUAAUGUCAUGUAACAGUCAUUGUGAUGAUUUUAUUUAUGAUUAUUAUUGAUAGAUUUUAUUUUUACCAAAAAUUGUUUAGAGAGCGUUUAUAUAAGCAAUAAAUUGCAAACAAAGUGGA